UAAACGAUUAAAUUUCACUUAAUUUUCAUUUUCCUCAUUUCAGAAGAGAAUGCUGUAGCAUCUGAAUCUAAUUAUAGAAUAAUCUUGUGAAGAAUAAAGAGACUGAAGGCUGAAUUCAAGAUGGUGAAUCUAACAAAUAUUGCGGCUGCUCGUCUCUCUCCAACUCUUUUCAGGAGAGCUGAUGAUAUCCAUGGCAGGCCAGGGUUUGGGAGGAAAAAUAUCCAGGACCAUCAAGUCCCCUACAUUGAGAGAACGCCUCUUGCACUUAAAAAUAAUGUCAGUUUAAAGUCUAGUAAGGAUCGUAAAAAAGCAUGUUUUGAGGAGAUGAUGGAAGUUAUCUCCUGCAUGAGUAAAUACGAUCAGAAUCAGUCAAUGUGUGGAAAGGAACUAACAUCCUUCAAUGCUUGCUUUAAGAACUUCAAGGAUCAGCAAGGUGUUCUCAAUGAAAUAAAGAAAUCUGGAACUCUUCCGACAGGAUCUCGAGCUAAGAUGAGUGGCGAGCAAAUGAACCUGUACAUGAAGAAAUUUCAGCAAAGUUCUCGGAAAGGAGAAUUUUUGCCAGAUUCUGCGUAUAAAAAUAUGUACAAGUUUAAAUAAGCUUUACGUCAUCCAGUUUCUUUGAGAAAAUGUUUCUUUGUUACGUUUUUUAGUCAAUAGAUAUUUUUAAUGCAGA